UGGGGUUUAUAUAUUUGUAGAAGGUCCAGGAUGGGAGAAAGAACACUUGUCUGCCUGAGGCAAGUGUGAAUGUUGCAAUUUGCCACCUUAAUUAGCCUCGCAGCUUCAAAGCCUGGCUGCUUCCUGCCUGGGGGAAUCUUUUGUUGGGAGGUGUUAGUUGGUCCUGAUUGUUUCAUGCCUGGAAUUCCAGUUUUCAAUGUUCUUUAUUUACUGUCCUGAUUUUAGAGCUUUUUUUUUUAAUACAGUAGAGUCUCACUUUAUUUAUUUAUUUAUUUAUUUCCAGCAUUUAUAUGCCGCCCUUCUCACCCGAAGGGACUCAGGGCGGCUCACAAUACAGUAGAAAAAUAAAACAUAGCAAUUAAAACAAUCAAUUUAAAACAAUCCAAUAAAUACAUUUAAAACAGUAUAAUAAAAUACUUAAUCCAUUCGUCCACAUAAACCUUGCACGUAAACCUUAGUCCGGACCGAGUUAAAGCCAUCAUAAUUCAUUCAUUAAACGCUUGUUCGCAAAGCCAGGUCUUAUCCAAGCUAAACGGGCCGGCAGAAGCUUGGAUAAGCGAAUAUCUUGGAUAAUAAGGAGGGAUUAAGGAAAAGCCUAUUAAACAUCAAAUUAGGUUAUGAUUUUACAAAUUAAGCACCAAAAUAUCAUGUUAUACAACAAAUUUGACAGAAAAAGCAGUUCAAUACACAGUGAUGUUAUGUUGUAAUUACUAUAUUUACGAGUUUAGCACCAAAAUGUCACGAUGUAUUUAUUGAAAACAUUGACUACAAAAAUGGCUUGGAUAAUCCAGAAACUUGGAUAAGCGAGGCUUGGAUAAGCAAGACUCUACUGUACGGGUAGCCAGAUUGUGUUAAUUUUCAUGGUUUCCUCCUUUCUGCUGAAGUUGUCCACAUGCUUGUGGAUUUCAGUGGCUUCUCUGUGCAGCCUGACCUGGUGGUUGUGAGAGUGGUCCAGCAUUUCUGUGUUCCUAAAUCAUAUGCUGUGUGCAGGUUGGUUCUUUAUGACCAGUGGGAGGCUGGCUGGCUGCCCGGAUGCCAUCGCACCGCGCCAGGGCAACUGAAGGGGAGGCGAGGCUGGCUGAACCCUCUCCUCCCUCCUCCAGAGACGGGGCCCAAGGCGGGUAGCCAUGGCUGGGAAGCCCGCCCCCUGGAGGCGCGCCUCGGCGGAGUUCCUCUGGGCACAUGGCGGCGGCGGCGGCGGCGGCUUCCCCCCUGCGGGUGCUGGUGGACAUGGACGGGGUGCUGGCCGACUUCGAGGGCGGCGUUCUGCGGGGCUUCGCGGCCGCCUUCCCGGGGGAGCCCCGCGUGGAGCUGGCCCAGCGGAGGGGCUUCUCCACCCAGAAGCAGUACCGGAGCCUCAGGGAGGACCUCGGGGCAAAGAUAGUCAGUGUGUAUGAGUCACAAGGCUUUUUUCUGGGAUUGGAUCCGAUUCCUGGAGCUGUUGAAGCAAUGCAAGAGAUGAUCAAAAUGCCCAACACUGAAGUUUUUCUUUGCACAAGCCCUAUAAGGAAAUAUAAAUAUUGCGUCCAGGAGAAGUACCACUGGGUUCACAAGCACUUGGGUCCAGAGUUUGUGGAGCGAAUAAUUCUGACCAGAGAUAAGACAAUUGUGUCAGCGAAUCUGCUCAUUGAUGACAAGGACACUAUUAGAGGAGUGGAACCCAAUCCAAGUUGGGAACACAUCUUGUUCACUUGCUGCCAUAACAAGCACCUGAAGCUGGAGCCCCCACAAAGAAGACUGGAGUCGUGGAAGGAUGACUGGCGAGCAAUACUGGACAGCAAAAGGCCCAAAGCUGAAUAAAAAGAGAUUCUUGCACAUCAAUUGACAUCCCACUUGGAGCUGGGAAGAAGGAAGCACAAACUUGGCUGGCCAAUCUAAAUGGUGGGAAUAUGUCCUAUUGUCUUUCUCAGUCUGCAACAAAAUUGUAUCUCAUUUGAUUAUGCUUGGAUUAUUCAGAUUAUUAAACAUUUACAUCCACUUGUAUAAUUUUUUAGCAUCAUACAGAUAUACAAAACUACAAAAAGCAGUAGCUCCACACCAUUAAGACUUUUGCAUAUUUCUUUAGGGUUCAAUCAUCAGAAACCUUCUCUUUACUCUAAAAAUAAAUGAAAAAUGGACUCCAUUAAAGACCCAUAUUAUAAUGCUUCCCUAGUGUGACACAACCUGUGUACAUGAUGUUCUUCAAAACAAUUCUUAUCAGAAUAUUUAAGGCGCUCCUGAAAUGAGAAGAGUGUCAAAUUUGCAUUUAAUAGGAAACAGUCAAAAUUUCCUAUUGGUCACUAGAUAAAGUGCAAUGGUUCUCCUCCCUCUUGCAAGUAGCUUUGCCAGCAAGAAGGAAUGCUGCUGCUUCUUUAAAGAAAAUCCUUCUGGCGCCUACUUUGCUGCAUCAGUCCUUAGGUAAUGGGAUCCCUAGUGCUGUAUGUUCAGUCAGGUUCCUGGCCUCCUCUACCUGAGGAGCAGUACAAUAGUCCUCAAGGAAGAUUGUUGCCAGGUUUUGGAGCCUCUUGCUGGUUGAGACAGAGAAACGCAGCAUGCACUCGAUCACUGGGAGGGCGGUGAUCUGCUGGCGAGACUGAGGGGUGGUCAAAUACAUCAGGGUAGUAAUAGCGGACAGCACAGUCUCCUCAUUGGAACUGGAGAGGCAGUUGACCACAGCAGAGACCCCAUCUGCCUCCACAAUAUAGUCUUUGUUGAUUUUGUCCAGGCAGAGGUUGCAAAGGCCACCUAGAAUAUCAGAGAGAGAAUGUGAUAGUAAAGAUAGCUAGUGGCCCUCUCUUUAACACUGCUUUUCACUAUCUGAAGUACUUUUGAGACAAUUAGGUUCUUUAAUUCUUUUCCAUGUGCGAUCUAUGGCAUGUGCCCACUUCUGCAGCAUCCAGGGACAAAACAUAGCCAGAAGUGGCUGCUGAAUUGAUGUCGUUUCUGUGUUUCCUUAGAAACACUGCUGGUCUUAAACCCUAAAUAUGCUCCUUGGGAGGCAAUUCCAACUGAAUUCUGGCUCUGUGUCUAAAAGAUUAAUGUUUGAAGUCCAACACUGGAUCACAAUCCAAGACAGACAUCUCGGACUAAAGAAAUCUGGCAGUGUCCUGACAAUUGUAAUAAGCAUGAUAUUCAAAGACAUGAAGAAAACCAUUAGUCUUGUACUUUGAUCACCUCCUGUAAUAUGCUUGAUGUAGAGAGAUUUGGAAACUACAGUGAGCAGAAUGACUACAUUUGACAAGGGCACAUGUUUUUUUUUUUCCGUGUCAGGAGCAACCAGAGUUGCUUCUGGAGUGAGAGAAUUGGCCGUCUGCAAGGACGUUGCCCAGGGGACGCCCGGAUGUUUUGAUGUUUUACCAUCCUUGUGGGAGGCUUCUCUCAUGUCCCCGCAUGGAGCUGGAGCUGAUAGAGGGAGCUCAUCCGCGCUCUCCCUGGGUGGGAUUAGAACCUGGCAGCCUUCAGGUCAGCAACCCAACCUUCAAGUCACAAGGCUUUUAUCCCCUAGGCUAAACAUAUGUAAACAUAAUUGGCUUUCAGUUGAUUUUGAUGCAUUAUCCAAGGAGGUGGCUUUGUUUUAUCAAAAUGGAAUGGCUGGAACAAUGAAAUCUGAAGGACCAACCACCUUCUUUCACAAGAACCUGCUCAUAAUUUUUAACCACCAUUGAAGAGUCUGAUAUAUAUCUCAAGUGGUAUGAAGUGGUAUGUCCUAAAGACACAAUCUCACCUUCUGAAGGUGAGAUUAGCUCAAAUUACUGUUGUAGCACUCUUUAAACUUUGUGAUGCUGGUUAAUGUUUUUUUUAAUACUGUGCUUAAAUUUUAUUAAAUUGCAUGUUUGCUUAUUCCAGUUCCUUACUUUCAUAUCUUAUUGUACAUCACACCAGGUAGCUGUCUGGUGGAAAAUGGGAUUUAUAAAUUUAAUAGGUUGCAGCUUAUCACAAUGUGGAUAUAGCCAUCACAAAAGCCUAUAAUCUUAUUCUGCCAAUGGCAGAAUAAAAUGUUCUCGUAGUUCUUUGCCUAAUCUAAAAUAGGCAAGAGCAAUAGAGUCAGAAAAAGUUGCACAGUUUGAUAUGAUAAAGCAAAUGACUGGCUUUACAGAGACUGCACAAAUGUGCUAGUGCAAUCUCUUUAUCAUUAAAGCUAUGCAACAGUACUAUGUGUGCAGCAAAGCAAGGGUUUUCCCAGAUGAAAAACUAUUAAAAUCGCAAUGAUUUAUAAAUAUUGCACACAUUUCAAAAAUGUAUAUUGCACUUGCUGAACGAGCUUCAUGUGAACUUGGAAACUAUUGGCAAAGGGCAAAAUGAUGAAAGAAAGAGCAAGCAAAAGACAUGAUGUACCUACAAUGCAGAGUUAAAGCAGUUUGCUACCACUUUACAUUGAGUAAUGGCAGUUAAAUUAUAUUUCAGGCCUAGGAUUGUAUGAGAUUCUGUCUGGCAAAGUUCAUUGUUCUCAUUGUGUGACAGUACUAUUUUAUCCAUCCCAACACUUAGCCAUUGUUUUCAUUAAAAAUGUCAUAUAUGCAGGUUUACAUAUAAUUUAUACUUUUUCAUAUAAGCUGUCUGUUAAAUUCAGAUAUUAUCAUAAAAAAGGCCACAAAGUGGAGUCCAUGACGUGAGUGUGGAGAAGAGCAAACCACAGGCCACCUAUUACAAUGCAGCCUGAGCCCUGCCACAUGCACAAUGGAGGACCUUCUUAUAGCAACACCAGAGGCACUCCAAGUACUGGUCAAAGAACAUUUAGUAUCAUGCCAAGCUCCAUGCAGUCAUGCCAGCCACAUGACCUUGGAGGUGUCUACGGACAAUGCCGGCCUUUUGGCUUAGAAAUAGAGAUGAGCACCAACCCCCAGAGUCGGUCACGACUGGACUUAACGUCAGGGGAAAACCUUUACCUUUACCACGUUUUUAACUUUGUUUGUGUUUUUAAAUACAUUACAACUGUAACCUCGGUUUGCUUCCAAUACGAUAAAUAAAUACAUAAAUCAUUAAAAGGAUCUUAUAUUCAGUACUAAUUGUGUUAUCCCAUGAAAAUCCUUUUCUCCCUUUACCAAAGUAUUCAUGCUAGUCUAUACAAUACCGUACGCUAGUAAGCACUGUAUCACUGUAAACAGAGAAACCUCAUUAAAGGAGAAUGAUGGACUUCGUA